UAAAGUUCCACAGCCCAUUUCAGUUUGCCCUUUCAAAAAUUAGGGUUUCUCUGACGCGUAAUCGAUUCCUCCCGCUUCCCUAACUCGUUCGAAAACAUUCAAAGCCUUAAAUUCGCUGUCACAUUUCUAGUCCAGCUCUCCGCGUCUCCGAGCGAGCUUCAGACGGCGAGGAGAAGUCUGGAGCUGAAGGCCUAAGCUCCUCGAUUGCCUCCUCUUCCUUCUUUUCCUUGGUUCGAGGAAGGCGCAAUCGGAGAAUCGUACCAUUUGGACUUGAGACCGUGCAAUGACAGUGUUUGCAUUAUGAUGAAUAGUAUCUUCAGCAUGUCAUUGCAGAUUACCCAGCUUCUUUUGUCUGCCCAAUCUGCUGAUGGGCGUGUUCGAAGUGCUGCAGAGGAAACUCUUAAGCAAUUUCAGGAGCAAAACCUCCCUCACUUUCUGUUGUCCUUGAGUGUUGAAUUAGCUGAUGAUCUUAAACCUCCAGAAUCACGAAGGCUUGCUGGCAUUAUCCUUAAGAACUCAUUAGAUGCUAAGGAUGCCCUUAGAAAAGCUGAUUUAACUCAACAAUGGGUCAAUGUUGAUGCUUCUCUCAAAGUCCAAAUCAAGGAAUCUCUACUACUAACGCUAAGAUCACCUGUAUCUGAGGCAAGUCAAACUGCAUCUCAAGUGAUUGCUAAGGUUGCAUCCAUUGAAAUACCUCGAAGAGAAUGGCCGGAUCUCAUUGGGCGACUUCUAGCCAACAUGACCCAACCGGAUACACCAGCUACUCUGAGACAGGCAACAUUAGAGACACUGGGAUAUGUUUGUGAAGAAAUUUCUCCUCAAGAUUUGGAGCAACAAGAAGUAAAUGCUGUCCUUACCGCUGUCGUACAAGGAAUGAGUGGGGUGCAGGAGAGCUAUAAAGUUCGUCUGGCUGCUGUGAGGUCCUUAUAUAAUGCUCUUGAUUUUGCACAGACUAAUUUUGAGAAUGAGAUGGAGAGGAAUUAUAUCAUGAAAAUAGUAUGUGAAACAGCUGUAUCAGAGGAGUCGGAGAUCAGACAAGCAGCUUUUGAAUGCCUUGUUUCUAUAGCUUCCAUCUACUAUGAAAUUCUUGGGCCUUACAUGGAAGCACUUUUCAGUUUGACUGCAAAUGCUGUGAAGGGGGAUGAGGAGUCAGUUGCACUUCAAGCUGUUGAGUUUUGGAGCUCAAUAUGUGACAUGGAGAUUCAAAUACAAGAUGAAUAUGACGGAGAUGAUGUUAGAAGCUCUGAGGGUUAUCAUAAUUUCAUACAAAGAGCUCUUUCUAUGCUUGUUCCUAUGUUGCUGGAGACGCUACUUAAGCAAGAAGAGGAUCAAGAUCAAGACGAUAGCAUAUGGAAUCUUUCCAUGGCUGGUGGUACUUGCCUUGGGCUUGUUGCUAAAACUGUUUGUGAUGAAAUUUUGCCCCUCGUUAUGCCUUUUGUUGAGGGUAAUAUCACUAAACCUGAUUGGAGGAGUCGUGAGGCAGCUACUUUUGCAUUUGGAUCCAUUCUUGAAGGUCCUUCCAUUGAAAAGCUUUUACCAAUGGUUCAUGCUGGACUAGAUUUCCUGUUGAAUGCCAUGAAUGAUCAGAAUAGCCAAGUAAAAGAUACCACAGCAUGGACUUUGGGUAGGAUAUUUGAGAUUCUGCAUUCUUCUAAUUGUGAAUACCAAGUGGUGACACCUUCCAAUCUCCAGCGCAUCAUUUCUGUCUUGCUGGAAGGUAUUAGGGAUGCCCCCAAUGUGGCCGACAAGGUUUGUGGUGCUAUCUAUUUUCUUGCGCAGGGAUACGAAGAUGCGGAGUCGGAUUCAUCAAUUCUCACACCUUACUUGGGCCAGAUUAUUUCUGCUCUCCUUUGGACUACAGAUCGCACCGAUGUCAGCAGCUCCAAACUACGAUCUUCUGCUUAUGAGACUCUGAAUGAAAUAGUAAGGUGCAGUCAAAUUCCUGAGACGACCAAUAUGAUUGCACAAUUACUUGGUGAAAUCAUGAAUAGGUUAGGCAGGAAUGUGGAGCUUCAAAUACUCUGUUCCGAAGAAAAAGAGAAACAGAGUGAUCUGCAAGCAUCGCUCUGCGGUGUUCUGCAAGUAAUAAUACAGAAAUUGUGUACCUCUGAUGAUACUAAACUAAUCUUUCUUCAGGCUGCCGAUCAAUUAAUGGCAUUGUUCCUGAGAGUCUUUGCUUGUCAAAGCUCUACUGUGCAUGAAGAAGCCAUGCUUGCCAUUGGAGCUUUUGCUUAUGCUACUGGUCAAGAAUUUGUCAAGUACUUGCCCGAGUUCUAUAAAUAUCUUGAAAUGGGUUUGCAGAAUUAUGAAGAGUACCAGGUCUGCUCUAUAUCUGUUGGUGUCGUCGGAGAUAUUUGUCGUGCUGUGGAUGAUAAGAUCCUUCCAUACUGUGAUGGAAUCAUGACCAAUCUUCUCAAGAAUCUAUCAAAUUCCAUGCUUCAUCGGUCGGUUAAAGCUCCAUUAUUCUCCUGCUUCGGGGACAUCGCCCUUGCCAUUGGAGAGAAUUUUGAGAAGUAUGUACCAUAUGUCAUGCCAAUGCUUCAGGGGGCUGCAGAGCUCUGCGCUAAUUUGGAUGACAACGAUGAAGAAAUGCUUGAAUAUGGAAAUCAAUUGAGACGAGGCAUCUUCGAAGCAUAUUCUGGUAUUCUCCAAGGAUUCAAAACUUCAAAGGCAGAGCUGAUGAUGCCUUUUGCUAAUCAUCUUCUGCAGUUCACAGAAGCUGUAUUCAUAGAGUCAAACAGGGAUGAUGCGGUAACAAAGGCUGCAGUUGCGGUGAUCGGCGAUCUCGCCGAUACGCUUGGUCCCAGCAUCAAAAUCUUGCUUAAAAAUGCUAAUUUCCACGUUAAUUUCUUGGGAGAGUGUUUCAGUUCCGAGGAUGAUCAGUUGAAGGAGACUGCCUUGUGGACACAGGGAAUGAUUGGACGGGUACUGGCUUCUUAAAUAUUCCAUUCUUGCAGUCUGUAUCUUUUGCUAUUUUUAUGAUUUUCCCUUGCUAGGUAAGUUGAGGGUCCCAAUGUCUAUUAGUAUAUAUUAAAUCGUGUAGAAAAUGACGAUCGUGUCUGUGCAGGUGCGACUUGCACCUGUCAUUUCCUUUGCUGGAGUGCACUUGGUCAAUGGCAUCAGUAAGCACUCCUAUGGUUCCUGGCUAUUAUUUUCUUUUCUUUUUUUUGGCUGUUCUCUUUUAGGAAUUUAAUGGAGAUUAUGGUUAUUUUGAACUCCGACAAGGUAUUCUUCCACAGAUUUGUGGUUGC